UUAUGUGCCCACCCCCCCUCUCUGCUUCUUCAAGGCCACCAGGAGGACCAUGAUCAAAUCAUGACUCUAAUCAGACCUUGUCUUCUUCUAACUAGAUCUUUGCCUGUGUCUAUCCUCAGCUCGUCUUGUUGAGGUUUCCCACCAGCACAGACACAAACAAGCACAAAGCCGUGUCUUUUUCUGGCUCCCAGCCGAACAAACAGUGACCCACCAUCCCCUCCUCAUCCUCCACUUCUCAUCCCACACAACAUUUUACCUGCAUAUCCAACACACCAACCAUCACCCCUCCGGGGGCAUCUGCAGGAGGAUUAUUAUCUAAUCACAGCUCUAAUAGGACCAAACAAGAUCCCGGACGAGAUCCAGAGACCAUUUUCCACUAAAACACACACACAGCAGCAGGAGCACUCACAAACCGCCUCUCUCUCCCGUCUCCUAUACACGCCCCACAUACAUCAGUAUGUCUUUAGUACAGGCAGAGAGGGGAGAGACGGAAUAUUAGUAUUCAGAGCACAGGGUGAAAAAGAAGGAGAGGCAGCAAGCAAACGAGGGAGAGUGAGAGGGAGGGGACAGGAGGAAAAAACACAAGGAGGGGAUGGAAAUAUAAGAGAAGGACAGGGGAAACCGAGAGGCAGAAGAGGGGAGGGGAGACGGGGAUCAUAUUGUUCAUUUCUCCCUCUCAGUCUGCCUUCAGCGAUUCCUGCCCGGAGAGAUGGCCAGAUGUAUAGAAGAGAGGUGCGGAAUGUCCCUUUACGAGCGUCGCAUCUGAGAAAACAGCGGAGGAGAGAGAGGGGGGAAGGAGCAGGAGCCCAGCGGUUCCUCCGACGCAGAAAGGUGCUAUUGGAGGGCUUCCACACAAACGUUCAGAAGUCAGCCUCCUGUCUACGUAGAUUGGUGGAAGACCAUGCCAACAGGUACUGCCGCCAACAGGUCCUGCUGGAGCUAAAGGGCAGCUUCGUUUACCCCUUGCAGUGAAGAACGAGGGUUAUGCACGCGAGACAUAAGUCCCUGCUCCUCUGUCAAAUUUAUUCACCAGGAAACUGUCUCAGAAUGACCAACAUCAUCAUCAAGAGUUGAGUCCAGAAAAGGGGCAUCUCACCCUGGUCUCGGUGAUCAGCACCAGGACACCCCGCUGAUUCCUGCGUGUACUUCCUGCAUCGUCUUUCUCAGCUGACACCUUGUAAAAAGGUGGACGGGCCAGCUCUGUACUUCUGCAGGGGGCCGUCCGAUAGGUGAGGGCGCCGAGGGCUGCGCUGCCAUCGGCUGACUGCUGCGGUGGGAGUGCGAUGCGGAUUGGAGCAUGUCGGGGGACUGGGAUGAAGACCUGUGUAAGAAGGCGCUGAUGCUGGUGGAGGAGCUGUGCUUCAACACUCAGAGGGGUUACAGCCAGAACGAACAGUGCCAGGAGUUCAGCUACCUGCUGAGGGGCCGCAACAGACAGCUGGACACAGAAAUCUCUGUCAGUCUGCUGUCGGUCAUUGUGACGUUCUGUGGCAUCGUCCUUCUCUCUGUCUCCCUGUUUGUCUCUUGGAAACUCUGCUGGCUGCCAUGGCGAGACAAGGAGGGUGGGGGGCUGAGCCUGACGUCGGGGCUGCUGCCUGGAACUGGUGGUCUCGGAGGAGCAGCAGGGCCAUCCCUUUUACCCCCUCUGCUGCAAAGGAAGGAGGGCCACUCCUCAUCCUCGCUCUACCCCUCACUGGGGCAGCAGGGACACCCCCACUUCUCUGACCUGGUGGGGCUGGAGAGGGGGGAGGGUGGAGGGGGAGUUGGAGGGCCAAACGAGACCCAGGAGCACUCAUACCUGGAUAUGGACUCCUACCCCAACAAUGCUGGGACUCUGAAGUUGAGUCAAACGUCGCCAGAUGUUCCCAACUCAGAGGGGGGAGCGCAUCCCAAUAAGGACCUGCCCAACGCCCAUUCCCAGCAGCAGGUCACCCCACGACCCAAGCCCAUGACUCACCAGCUCUCCAGCCCUGACUUCCACGGUGAAGAGAAGGAGCAGGUUACCUGCAUCGGGCAGAUCAAGCCAGAACUUUACAGACCCAAAGGCGAUCAGGGCGAAGGCAAACAGGGCGACACCUGUGGGAAGAUCUGCUUCUUGCUGCGCUACGCCUUCAAUACGGAGCAGUUGGUGGUGAAGAUACUGAAAGCUCUGGACCUGCCAGCAAAGGACGCCAAUGGCUUCUCUGACCCAUACGUGAAGAUUUACCUACUGCCAGACAGAAAGAAGAAAUUCCAGACAAAGGUCCACAGAAAGACCUUAAACCCAGUGUUCAACGAGACGUUCCAGUUUGGCGUGCCGCUGAACGAGCUACAUUCCAGGAAGCUGCAUUUCUCUGUGUACGACUUCGACCGCUUCUCCAGACACGACCUGAUAGGCCAGGUGGUGGUGGACAACCUGCUUGAAUUCAGCGAGGGCAGCGGGGACAAACCCAUCUGGAGGGACAUUGUGGAAGGCACUGCAGAGAAGGCUGAUCUCGGGGAGCUUAAUUUCUCGCUUUGUUACCUGCCCACCGCAGGCAGACUCACCGCUACAGUUAUCAAGGCCACCAACCUCAAAGCCAUGGACCUGACGGGUUUCUCAGACCCGUACGUGAAGGCCUCUCUGAUAUGCGACGGGCGACGGCUAAAAAAGAGAAAGACCUCCAUUAAGAAGAACACUCUGAAUCCCACGUACAACGAGGCGCUGGUGUUUGACAUUCCCAAUGAAAACAUAGAGAGUGUUUCCAUCAUCAUAGCAGUGAUGGAUUAUGAUUGCAUCGGUCAUAACGAGGUUAUAGGCAUGUGUCGAGUGGGAAGCGACGCUGACGGUCCCGGGAGGGAACACUGGGCGGCCAUGCUGGCCAACCCCCGGAAACCAAUAGAGCACUGGCAUCAGCUCGUUGAGGAAAAAGCGAUUGGUACAUAUGUAUCAAAGAGUGCCACAACAUCCUCCCCUAAACUGCAUAUUGUGGUGGACAGCCCCCACUCUGAUUAAAACGGUCAUUAUCAUCUCAACAGCUCCAAAUUUUCCUUUAUUUCUUCUCUCCUCUCAUCUGUGAAUAAUUCCCUCCAUCAAAGACCAGGGAGACGUGGAGACGCUGCCAGUGUCCAACUGCUAGUGCCGUUUUGCUCCUGCUAAUGAAUACUCCAACUUCUGUGCUGUCUUUGCUGAGCUGGAGGGGGGGGGGGGGGGGGCUUCAUCCAUCCUGAGCUGCAUUGUGAACAUCAGACUACACAUUACAAACACAUACAGACAAUGACAACAUGCCCGGCACUGAUGUCAGGUGUAAAUUUGGGACUUAGCAAGAAGCUUGCACACUUUCCUCUCUCUCUCUUACACACACACACACAGACACAUACACACACAUAAAUACACAGAGUUUGUAGUAUGUGUGUAGUUCAUGUGUGCUUCGUAGUUCAUUCUAGAGCGUUUCUCUCUUGAAAACAAGAUAAAAAAAGAAAGCCAGCAUAGAGUGGUCAUUCCAACCAGGACCAAAGCUUCCUGCACUUGUACAGACUAUCAAGAGAAAAUUCUGUGUCAAAGAGUUGUACAGUUUACGCUGUACUGGAUAGGAAAAAAAAUAUCUCAUGUAGUUCUCAACGGGAUGAAAGGAUCCGUGGUGGAUUCUCCUGGCCAGUUUGGAUGCCUCCGCCCAGAGAGAAGACGUUGCAGCCUCCGUCAGGUUAUCAUUGAUGUCAGAGGAGUGAAAAAUGAGGACAGACUUAUUGGUCUCAGCAUGUUACGCAACCUUGAAACGUGUCCCUCUUCGUCAUGCUCUUCGUCUCAGUCCUAAUGGGACUCAUUAGUAUUUCUUUUUUUUUUUUAAAUCAUCUUCGCUGUCAGUUGUGUGCUAGAGAACACAUACAUCCAUCAGGAGAGAAGUUUAUUCAUGCCGUUUUUACAGUCUAAACGAGGAUGAGAUGGUGUGAGCUUCAGAGAGACACAGACUAUGUGAUCAUUCUCAGUUUUCUGACCAAAGCGCCAGACUUUUCAAGGGUUUACAGAAUCCUAUAUUUGGGAUUGGACUGUUCGGACCGCGCUCUCUGGAGGAUGUAUCGCCACUGAGUUAUUUUUCUAUCAUUCCAGAACUUAAUGUUUUGCUUUCUCAAUCAAAAAAGAAAAGAGAAAGUCCUUGUCAUGCUUCAGCAGAUCAAAUUGUUGUCCAUAUCAUGUCUCUGACAGGACUUUAGAAGGACACAUCUCUCUGUGUUGCUUUUACCAGUGAGUGUUUCAGUGUUUGUGGGCGUGUUUGUUUUGUACUUGUGUGCAUCGGUGUGUGUAUGUGUGUUUGACACGUAUCUGUGCUCACCGUCGUUCCCCCUCCCAUCGUUUUUCUGUCGUCACUCCUAAAAUCCAGGCAUCUGCACUGAAAAGGUUGCUUCAAAGCCAAACUUCCUCUUGUUUUGUGUGUCUAAAGGGAGUAAUUUAAUGUGUGUGAGUGUGACAGACAGAGGAUGCGAGUAUGUGUGUUCUCCUCGUGCCUCUUUGCACUAUAGGUGGGGAAGCACCGUCUUUGAUAGACGUUUUUAUUGUCUAUGUUGUCUCUGAUAAUUGCUGCCAGUCACCAGUCAGCCCUCCUCUCCUCUCCAACCCCUUCACCUGAUGUAAGUAACUGUUUAUCGUGUACUUCUUUCAC